AUGGCGGAGUUACAGCCACCGGAGGGACAGUUAAACGGUGGAGAACCGGCGUUACUUUCCACCGAAAACGUCGGAGCCAAACGGCAGCGAAGGCCGAGCGUCCGAUUAGGUGAUAUCGGAGACCAGCUCUACGAAACUCAGCCAAAUCGAAGAACAAAGCAAUGGAGGCUCUCUACCAAAGAUACGAGCAAAGCCUCGAAGACUAGACCUCUCAUGAAUUUAACCAGCUCCGGGGACUAUCAUGAAACCCUAGAUGGGGAUGACCAGGAAGCUGGAAAUUUAGACAGCGACGCAAUUGGGAGCUGGAAAGUUAGGGAUUCGAUAUCGAAGAGGAGUGCAACCAAGAGAGUGAGGUCCAAUUGGGUAUCGAAAAUCGAUGAUAACGACAAGUUCAGUGGAGGUGGUAAUGAAGAGAAUGAGAAAUUGAGUGGUGGUGAAGAUGUGGAUGAUGGGUAUAGGGAUUUCGAACCCGAGGCUUCGGAGAGUCCUUUGAAAGAGGUCCAAAGUCCAAUUCAUUCUUUGGAUGAUAUGAAUAGAGGGAAUUUCCAUAGAAAGGUUGAUGUUGGAGUUGCUAGAGUUUCUAUGGAAGGGAGGGAUUGUCAUGAUGGGGUUGAACUGGAUGGGCCAAGUGAUACAGAUGCGAGAAAUUGGAAUCAUCCAGAGAGAAAUGGGGUGAGGGUUUGGUUAAAUCAGUUGGGUUUGGGACGGUACGCCCCGGUUUUUGAGAUACAUGAGGUGGAUGAUGAGGUUUUGCCAAUGUUGACAUUGGAGGAUUUGAAAGAUAUGGGGAUUAAUGCAGUUGGUUCUAGGAGGAAAAUGUUUUCUUCGAUUCAGAAGCUAGGUAAAGGAUUUUCGUGA